CCCCACAAAGUAAAAAUGCGUUGCAAAUCGUUACAUCGAAGGAAAAAAGAAGAACGUCUACUAUUGGAUUUACCCACCACCGAUCCAGGUUCUGAUUUAGUAUUCUCAACAGAUGAUGAAUAUGUAAUGGAUGCCACCGCCGCCACUGGUGGUGUGCAAUGUUAUAGUACAUUACCCCGUCACAUAAGACGUGGUCUAAUGCAAAGUGAACUUCAACGACGUUACAUUGAAGAAAUAGGAGAUGGUCUGAGAAAUAUGCCACCUGAGUUGAUUAUAACAUCUCCUUCCAAUAAAACAAAACAUCCACCAAUAAAGAUACUAUUAAAACCCGCAAGCAAUACCCACAAAAAAUAUUCUGCAGCACCACCAAAAUCUGCGGAACUUCCAAUGAUUGGUGAACCGGCAAGACGUACCAGUUCUUGGCAUAAUCUGAAUACUGCCCCACAAACACCCAUAACACCGCAAUGGUAUUCAAUGAAUGUGACACGACGACAACAAUCACCGGCUGCGGUACACUCACCGAAACCAGUCUUUAAAACGAAAUCAAUGGCCAAAAAGGAACCCUUGAGUAAGGAGGACUUGGAAAUUAAAUUAUCUUUGAAAAAGAAAAUAUGGACAGGCAUCCAACCCGAAGAUGGUCCCUAUGGUGUAGAUCGCAGCAGACCUUUGACUUGGGUGCCACCGCCUCCGCUUAAAACGCCAACUAAAAAAUCUGUGGAUCACAAACGUGCGGAGUGUGCGAAGAAUGUUGUGCGCUUGGAGAAUGAAGCAUUUUUGACGUAA